CACUGCUUCAAGCAGGACUAGGAGAGAAGAAGGAGAAGGAGGUGGAAGUCCGGAUUUUGUCGCGUCAAUGCGAGCUCGACUAGCGCAAUGUCGGUGCGAGACGCAGGUUGCCAAACAGCGAGCUCACGAUAUACAACAUCCAACUAUAUUAAUUAUGGAGCGACGGUGUAAUUAUAUCACUCACUUGAAGAUGUACAAAGAAUAACCUUGUACGGCUGCGUUAAUCCGCUCGAAUAUGCAGGUAAGACUGUGGGCGGCGGACUGAAUCCUAGUUCUAAUCCUAAAUAAAAAGCAUCUAGUACAGUAAGGAUGUUCAUGAUGUUGUACUUGUUACACAGGAAAGUGAGCAACAUAACUUGUAACUUCUAUAUAGAAUACGAAGAGUGAUCUUGUUGAUCUUCUGAGAAUCUUCUACUCCCUAAACCUGCAACUUUCAUUAACAUCGACGACGAGGAAAAAGAAAAACAAACACGACCUUUACCUGUUCCAGUCGUUCCUAUGGCAUCAUCUUCAGUUCUUGCAUCUUCAGCUGGUAGUACCAGUAGAAACAGGGCAAAAGAAUCAGCAGGAGGUAGUUCCAGACACAUCGACGGACUAAAGGAAGAACGUCGCGAGACCGAGAUGAAAGAUGGGACCUUAGUUCUGACAUUGAGGCGCGUUUGGUCAUUACCG